UCAGCGAGUCUUAUAUAAUUUUUUUUUUUUCUUUGUUUAAACUGAUUUUCCUGUAAAUUAAAAUCUUUUUCUAAUGCUGGCUCACCGGAAUGCAGCCACCAGCAUAGCAUGUCGUUUCUUCAAUUCCUUAUACCGUCUACAUGCUAGCAAGCCAACUAUAUCAGGGAAACGGUGUUCGCACACAUUGCCGUCCAUACCCAAACGAUCUCCGAGUCCAGGGGAUUCGGUGAUUCUGGCCAUGUCUGGAGGUGUCGAUUCAUCCGUGUCAGCUAUUUUGCUUAAAGAGCAAGGAUACAAGGUACAGGGGGUCUAUAUGCGAAACUGGGAUACGUCCGAUGAACGAGGCGUUUGCACCAGCGAGGAAGACUAUCGUGAUGUACAGUCGGUGUGCGACACUUUGGAUAUCCCUUGUCGGCGAAUCGACUUCACCAAAGAAUAUUGGAACCAAGUUUUCCAAAAGACGCUCGACGACUAUGAGCGAGGGGUGACUCCUAACCCAGAUGUAAUGUGUAAUCGAGAAAUUAAAUUCGGUGCCUUGCUGGAGAGAUGCAUGUCAAGUAGUCCUUCUGCAGCAGGUGCAGAGACAUGGUUCGCCACCGGCCACUAUGCGAGGAUAGAUCGUUCAAAAGGUGUCACGAAAUUGUUGCGAGGAUUGGAUGCCAGCAAGGACCAGUCAUACUAUCUCUCUGCUGUGGGUGAACAGGCAUUCAGUCGAGUCAUGUUCCCUCUCGGUCACCUGCCUAAAACUAGAGUGAAAGAAUUGGCACUGCACCAUGGUUUGGAUAGUAUUGUCAAGAAACCAGAAAGCAUGGGGAUAUGUUUUGUUGGGAAGCGAGCCAAGUUUGCUGACUUCUUAGCGCAAUACAUACAUGCCCCACCAGGACCAGCUGUCGACUUACAUGACAACAUCAUUGGACAGCAUCGCGGACUUUUUGCUUAUACCAUUGGUCAAGGAGCCCAUAUCCAUCAUGGAACAGAGAGGUGGUUUGUAGCCGGGAAGGAUGUCGCCAGUAACAAGCUUAUCUGUGUACCUGGUACCGAUCAUCCAAGUUUGUUCGCAAAUCGGCUGACUGCUCGAGAUUGGAUUUGGAUAAACGGCGAGCCUCCAGAAUUGAGCCAAAUGAAUGGCUGUCUUGUUUUGGACGGCCAAGUUCGAUAUCGACAAUCGUCUAUCAAAUGCACGAUCACGAAGACGAGUGAAAGUCACUAUGAUGUCAAAUUUGUAUCUUCAAUACGAGGAAUUGCGUCAGGUCAGAAUGUGGUUGUUUGGAACGGUGACUGGUGUCUAGGCGGUGGCAUCAUAGACACGAUCGACACCCCUACCUUAUAGAUGUAAUGUAAAUAAAUAGAUAGAAGCAGUAUAUUGUGAUACCUUUUGAACA